GCGAGUAAACAUUGCGACUCCUCGGCUCCAAGGCUCCUCGUCCUCUUCUUCCCAUUUCACGACAUGAUUUCGUGUUUCAGGAUGGUCCACGAGGGCCAGAUAAGCCUCCAGAGCUUCCUUCUAGGCCUGGGGAUCCUGAGUUACUUCCUUGUGACGUGCGGGUUAUGGUCGCCGCGGCUCGGAGUGGCGGAGGAGUGGCUGCAGGACCACCCCUGGGUCUACUGCGGCUGCUUCUGUGCCUCCGUCAACGCCGUCCUCGCCCUGGCCUUCAGGGGCAAGAGCUGGCAGAUAGCUGUACGAGGAUGUUUCCUGGGCACAGCCUGUGGGCUAGGCGUAAUGGUCAGUGUUCUCUGCAGUUCCUCAUACCAUGUGUUCGGUUGGUACAUGGUAGUGCUGACUCUCUUCCAUUACUCGGAAUACAUCACCACGGCCAUUGGCAAUCCUGCCACUCUCAGCCUCGAUUCCUACCUGUUGAACCACAGUGUUGCUUAUGGCCUUGCAGCUGUGGCAAGUUGGGUGGAGUUCUUCAUCGAGAGGCACUUUCUGCCUGAAAUGAAGACCCUGUGGUACCUCAGUACCUUUGGCAUCCUGGUCUGCCUAUGGGGAGAGAUCAUUAGGAAGGCAGCUAUGCUCACUGCUAAGACUAACUUCAACCACAUUGUGCAGACAGAGAGGCAGAAGGACCAUGAGUUGGUUACCUGGGGUGCCUACAGUAUGUUUCGGCACCCAAGUUACGUUGGCUGGUUCUGGUGGAGCAUUGGCACCCAGCUGAUCCUUGUCAACCCCAUAUGCACCAUAGCCUAUGCACUUGCUUCAUGGAGCUUCUUCUAUGAGAGAAUCUAUUUUGAGGAGAUAACACUUAUCAAGUUCUUUGGGGAGAAGUACCUUGAUUACCAAAAGAAAGUAGGUACAGGCUUACCUUUUAUUCGAGGGUAUCAGUAUGUGCGACGUGUUCGCCAAGAAAGUGAAUGAGGGUAUGAGUAGCUUUAUGCAAGCACAAGCAGUAUACCUUUUUUUCCCCCCCAUUUCCAUUUGAUUCUUUUCUUUUGCAAAGCAUCAGUUUCACUUAAAGAAGCGCUCAUUAUACUAACCUGAUUCAUUCAAGUUUGAUUUUUUCAUAUGAAGUUGAUUAGAGAAUGCUGGCAUUUUCUCUGAUAUUCAGUAUAUGGGUUUUCCAUAUGAUGUUGAUUAAUUAUUUUACUGUAAUUAAUUCCUCUAAUAUGAAUAAUU